AUGAUGGAGAAAUCCACUCAGCAUCCUAGUGAGGGUUUGUUUAAUCGAACUAUUGCAAACAGCAGCAACUCACAGUUUUCACACUUUGAUUCAUGUCAGCCUUCUUUCCCUGCAGUCUUCUUGCUCAUCACGGCUUAUACUGUCGUUACAAUAGUGGGGCUUUUUGGAAACCUUUGCCUGAUUGUUAUAAUAAAAAGACAGAAAGAAGCUCAAAAUGUUACAAAUAUUCUGAUUGCCAAUCUCUCCUUAUCCGAUGUCUUGAUAUGCAUCAUGUGCAUUCCUGUCACAGUUGCAUACACUUUGAUGGACUAUUGGAUAUUUGGCGAGGCUAUGUGUAAAAUAAGCUCUUUUGUACAAAGUAUGUCUGUCACAGUCUCCAUAUUCUCACUUGUAUUAAUUGCUGUCGAGAGACACCAGUUAAUAGUGAACCCACGUGGCUGGAAGCCGAAUAUGUCACACGCUUACUGGGGAAUUAUCUUCAUUUGGGGGGUUUCCCUUAUCAUAUCCAUUCCUUUUUUUAUAUUCCACCAACUAUCUGAUGAACCCUUUAAAAAUCUCUCUUACCAUAGCGAUUUCUACACAAACAAAGUUGUUUGCAUCGAGGCAUGGCCAUCAGUUGCAGAGCGACUGGUCUUUACCACCAGUCUGCUGGUUUUCCAGUAUUGCUUCCCACUGGGCUUUAUUUUUAUCUGCUAUCUCAAGAUAUUUGUAUGUCUCCGGCGGAGACAUGGUAAGGUGGAUGGGAUGAGGGAGAAUGAGAGCAGACUAAAUGAGAGCAAAAGGAUUAAUAUGAUGCUCAUUUCAAUUGUUGUGACCUUUGCAGCUUGCUGGUUGCCUCUAAACAUAUUUAAUGUCGUUUUUGACUGGAACUAUGAGGCACUGAUGAACUGCCACCAUAACUUGGUGUUCACAUUGUGCCACCUGGUAGCCAUGCUCUCGACAUGUAUCAACCCUAUCUUUUACGGGUUUCUCAACAAGAAUUUCCAGAAGGAUUUAAUAGUGUUAAUUCACCACUGCAGAUGCUUCACAUCUCAGGAGGAAUAUGAGAACAUCGCCCUUUCAACCCUGAACACUGAUGUAUCCAAGGGGUCCUUGAAAUUAAAUAAUACCCCUGUGAAUAGCUAA